ACUGAAUAUCAUCGCAAUAGUUUGAAAACCUCUAAACAAGGUCGCAAUAGAAAAACUCUAAAUUAAGAUUGCAAAAUGAUAAAAACAUUGUUUUUUUUCUCAUUAAUGGCUACCAUAAUUACAACGGCUUCAGCUUGCUCAGACUAUUCACAGCAAUGGUGUCAAGCAAAUCAAGCAUUGUGCACGCAGCCCUCAUUGAUUGCAUUCAUGAGUCAAUAUUGCGAACAAACAUGCAACUACUGUUCAAUACCUGGUGUUCUUCCAGUAGGGUGCGGAAAACAAUCAAUUCAAAGUAGUCGUGUAAUUGCAGGAACAACUCCAACAAAAGGCUCGUGGCCUUGGCAAGUAUUGCUUUGGCAGGGUGGAAAAGCGUUUUGUGGAGGAACACUCAUUCACAGAGAAUGGGUUCUUACUGUUGCUCAUUGUAUACACGGAAAAGAAUUCGACGCGUCGCAAAUAUAUACAAGGACCGGAGAACACACUUUAAGUGUUAACGAAGGAACAGAAGAAGAUAUUCCAGCAUUAAAAAUCAUAAAACAUAGAGGUUACAAUCCGCAAACGCUUGACAAUGACAUAGCACUUAUUAAAUUAUCACGACCUUGUAGGCUAAGCAGUUACGUCAACACUGCAUGUUUACCCACUAUGGAAGCUGCACCGGGAACUACAUGCUUUAUUACAGGUAUACUAACUUUAGUAAAACUAUUGCUAUUCUUUAUUUUAUUUUUUCCAUGUUUUUUUUUUAACUUUACAAGCACUGUAUAACACUGCGAGUACAUCAGUAUACAAGC